UCGAAUCCGGGAGACCUCUAUAGCGUAGCAGACCGGUGCGCUGUCUACCAUGUCACGCUCGCGCUUCGACAAGAAUAUUUUCGUGCGCAAUACAACUCACUUCAAGGCAUAUCUGUACAAGUGUGAAAAACUGUUUGACAAUGGUGCACCGGAACUAAUCAUUCACGGUUCUGGAACUACUAUAUACAAAGCUACCAGUUUAGCUUUGCAGCUGCAGAAGAUUCAUUGUGGAUGUUUGGGCCUUGACAUCAAGACUUCUUCCAUGCAAUUGGAAAGUAAACAGGAUAUGUUAGAUGACAUGGAUGGUGAAGUCAUUAACAGACAAAAGUCUGCUAUACACAUUCGUGUCUUCAGGAAAAUACCUGCGGCUGUGCUGAGGUCUAAGAACUGAUGUGAUUCGGCCGAUCAGUGCGUUUGAGUAACAAGACUGUGUACAAUAGAGUAACGGAAAUAUUAAUUGAAUUACUAUCAGAAUAUUACGGGGGCACAAAGUUGU